AUGAAUAACCAAAUAAAAUUCGAAAGCAUUUCUCAUUUAAAUAACUAUUGGGAAAAUUUGUACAAAAUAGGGCCUGGAUUAAGAAAUUUAGGUAAUACAUGUUUUAUGAAUUCUGUUUUAUAAUGUAUCACACACACACCCCUAUUAGUAAAUUAUUUAUUGAGUAAUCUUCAUGCUUGUUAGAAAAAGCAAUGCAUUAUUUGUGUAGUUUAGAAGCAUGUAAAGUAAUGUUUUUCGAAUAAUAGUAAUAAUAUUAUAGCCCCCAGUGAAAUUAUUAAUAAUAUGAAAUACAUAAAUAAAAAUUUUAGAUUAGGAAAGUAACAUGAUUCGCAUGAAUUUUUAAGAUUUUUGUUAGAGGCGAUGUAAAAAAGUUAUUUUAUAGAUAUAAAAAAAUAAAAAAUUUUAGAAGAAUAAACUCCUAUAUUUAAUAUAUUUGGAGGUAAAUUAAUAAGUUAAAUUUAAUGUUUUUCAUGCAAAUAAAUAUCAUAAAAUAUAGAGACAUUUUAUGAUUUACUUUUGGAGUGUAAAUAAAAUAUAGAUUAAUCGUUUGAAUCUUUUUUCAAAAAAGAAAUUUUAUCUGGAAAUAAUAAAUAUAGAUGUUCAUUUUGUAAGAAUCUUGUUGAUUGUUCUAAAGGAUACGUCAUUUAAAAGUUCCCUAAUAUUCUUACAAUACAACUGAAAAGAUUUAAUAAUUUUAUGAUGAAAGUUAAUAAACAUACAUAAUUUGCUCCGACAAUAAAUUUAAAAAAAUACUCUACAAAUUAAAAAGAUUAGAUUUAUGAUUUAUAUGGUAUUCUUAUACAUGUUGGACACGAUCUUAAUUAUGGACAUUAUUAUUGUUAUACUAAAAGUCCGAAUAAAUAAUGGUAUUGUAUGAAUGAUUCUUCUGUUAAUUAAGUCAGCUUCUAAGAAGUUUAAAAUGAAAAAGCUUUUUUACUUUUUUAUAGUAAAAGAGAGGAAAAGAAGAAAAAAGAAGAAAUCAAUAAUCCUGAAGAAGAAUCGGUAACAUAAUAAAUCAGUAAAUAAUAAGAAAAAUUUAAUUGA